ACAAUCUGAAGGCGCGGCCGCCGGUAUCACGUCAGCUCGAGACGCGCUCGCUCGAACAGAAGAGUAGCCCCCCUCUUUGAUACUUUACCAAUUAAGGUUCUCGCAUUAAGACCAGAGAGGACAGAAGGAGGCAGAAACGACUAAGGGGUGUCACUAGUGUUUUUCCUCGAGUUCAGCGAGCAAGCUUUUCCUCCAGGGACACUCGUCGGCUCCGGGAGGGUCGUACAGUGAGAUUUCUGCACUGUGCUCCAGUCAAGUUCACUCUCUGCUGCCUGUGCCACACGCAGACUCUGAAGGGAUACAGGAACAAGAGUUACCUCAAGACAAGCAUCAAAAUUCACAUAACUUUGGAAAGAAGAGCACGCAGAUUGUACAAUUCCACAAGACUCCACCCAAAAAGCGAGACAGCGAAUUAGUGCAGGAGACCAGAGUCGAUAAAAAUGAGUCAACACACACGCCCCCACCAGUCGAGCGCCGCCGCCGCCGCUCCCCUAUCCAACGCUUCUCUCUCCCCGGACAAGGACGCAGACAUGCCCGCUACAGAGAAAGAUCUCGCCGAGGACGCGCCAUGGAAGAAGAUCCAGCAGAACACAUUCACGCGUUGGUCCAACGAGCACCUGAAAUGUGUCAAUAAGCGCAUAGCGAACCUGCAGACGGACCUGAGCGAUGGGCUCCGGCUGAUCGCGCUUCUGGAGGUGCUCAGCCAGAAGAAGAUGUUCCGCAAGUACAACCAGCGCCCCACGUUCAGACAGAUGCAGCUGGAGAACGUCUCUGUGGCUCUGGAGUUCCUCGACAGGGAAAACAUCAAGCUGGUGUCUAUAGACAGUAAGGCCAUAGUAGAUGGGAACCUGAAGCUGAUCCUGGGUCUGAUAUGGACUCUGAUUCUCCAUUAUUCCAUCUCCAUGCCCAUGUGGGACGAGGAGGAGGAGACCGAAGAAAGCAAGCAGAAGACACCCAAACAGAGGCUGCUCGGAUGGAUCCAGAACAAGCUGCCCGAGCUGCCCAUCACCAACUUCAGCCGAGACUGGCAGUCAGGGAAAGCCCUUGGAGCUUUGGUGGACAGUUGUGCUCCAGGUCUCUGUCCGGACUGGGAUUCCUGGGACCAGACCAAGCCUGUGGACAAUGCCAGGGAGGCCAUGCAGCAGGCUGAUGACUGGCUUGGUGUUCCUCAGGUGAUCACUCCAGAAGAAAUCGUUGAUCCCAAUGUGGACGAGCACUCUGUUAUGACUUACCUGUCCCAGUUCCCCAAAGCCAAACUCAAGCCUGGUGCCCCCCUGCGGCCCAAGCUCAACCCCAAAAAGGCCCGUGCCUAUGGACCAGGUAUUGAGCCCACAGGUAAUGUUGUGAUGAAGAAGGCAGUGUUCACUGUUGAGACCAUCAGUGCUGGUCAGGGAGAGGUUCUGGUUUAUGUGGAAGACCCAGCCGGCCACCGUGAAGAGGCCAAAGUUACAGCCAACAAUGACAAGAACCGCACCUACUCAGUAUUCUAUGUACCAAAAGUUACUGGACAACACAAGGUGACAGUGCUGUUUGCAGGGCAACACAUCUCCAAGAGCCCAUUUGAGGUGGAUGUGGGAAUGGCUCAGGGAGACUCCAGCAAGGUCACUGCCCAGGGCCCAGGACUUGAGCCUGCUGGCAACAUUGCCAACAAGAGCACAUACUUUGAUGUCUACACAGCUGGUGCUGGAGUAGGAGAGGUCGAGGUGGUCAUUAUGGACCCCAGUGGAAAGAAGGGCACUGUUGAAUGCAGUGUUGAGGAUAAGGGCAACAGCAGCUACCGUUGCACCUACAAGCCCACUCAGGAGGGCCAGCACACCAUCUAUAUCACCUUUGCUGGGGGGCAGAUCUCCAAGAGCCCUUACACUGUCCAUGUGGGAGAGGCCUGUAAUCCAAGCCUGUGUAAAGCCAAGGGCCGUGGUCUGCAGCCUAAAGGCUUGAGAAUCAAGGAGACUGCAGAGUUCAAGGUUUACACCAAAGGAGCUGGCACUGGAGACCUCAAAGUCACCAUCAAAGGGCCCAAGGGUCUUGAGGAGCCCUGUAAGAAGAAGGAUCUGGGAGAUGGUGUGUACAGCUUUGAAUAUUACCCCACCACACCUGGGAAUUACAUCAUCACGAUCACAUGGGGUGGACAACACAUCCCACGCAGUCCAUUUGAGGUAAAGAUUGGAUCUGAAGCGGGACCGCAGCAGGUCAGGGCAUGGGGUCCAGGACUGGAGAGUGGUGUGGUAGGCAAGUCAGCUGACUUUGUGGUGGAAGCUCUCGGGGAUGACGUGGGCACUUUGGGUUUCUCAGUGGAGGGCCCAUCCCCGGCUAAGAUCGAAUGUGACGAUAAGGGAGAUGGCUCCUGUGAUGUGAGGUACUGGCCCACAGAACCGGGCGAAUAUGCAGUUCAUGUGCUCUGUAAGAACGAGGACAUUCAGCUCAGCCCUUUCAUGGCCGAAGUCGUACCUGCUCCAGGAAAAGACUUCUACCCUGACAAGGUGAAGGCUCAUGGUCCAGGUCUGCAGAGCUCUGGCCUUUCAGUCGGCAAACCAGCAGAGUUCACAGUGGAUGCCAAACUAGGUGGCAAAGCUCCUCUAAAGAUUCAAGCUCAGGACCGUGAUGGAAAACCAGUGGAUGUGCAGGUGAAGGACAACGGUAACGGAACAUACAGCUGCAGCUACACCCCUCGAAAACCACUCAAACACACUGUGAUGGUGUCCUGGGGCGGAGUCAACAUCCCAGAGAGCCCAUUCAGGAUGAACAUUGGGGCAGGGUGCCAUCCCAAUAAGGUGAAAGUAUCAGGACCUGGAGUGGCCAAGACUGGCCUGAAGGCGUUUGACCCAACAUACUUCACUGUGGAUUGUGCCGAGGCAGGACAGGGUGACAUCAGCAUAGGCAUCAAAUGCGCCCCAGGAGUUAUGGGACCUGCUGAGGCUGACAUCGAUUUCGACAUCAUUAGAAAUGACAAUGACACAUUCACCGUCAAAUACACCCCACCUGGAGCGGGUAGCUACACAAUCAUGGUGCUGUUUGCUGAUCAGGCCAUUCCCCUGACCCCCAUCAGAAUCAAGGUUGAUCCCUCUCAUGAUGCCAGCAAGGUUAAAGCAGAAGGCCCUGGACUCAACCGUACUGGUGUGGAGCUGAACAAACCCACUCACUUCACUGUGAACACCAAAGCCGCAGGCAAAGCUAGGCUUGAUGCACAGUUCACUGGACCCACCAAGGGAGAGGCGGUCCGUGACUUUGACAUCAUCAACAAUCAUGACGGCACCCACACUGUUAAAUACACCCCUGUUCAACAGGGCAACAUGGGUUUGAAUGUCACAUAUGGUGGUGAUCCUAUUCCCAAGAGCCCGUUUGCUGUAGCAGUCGCCCCAUCCUUGGAUCUCAGUAAAGUUAAAGUGGCUGGUAUUGGAGAUACAAUGUCCGUCGGAAAGGAUCAGGAGAUCACAGUCAAGUCCAAAGGAGCAGGUGGUCAGGGCAAGGUUGGCGCCAAGGUCACAGGUCCAUCUGGCAAAUCGGUGCCUUGUAAAGUUGAACCAGGCCUGAGCCCAGAAACCAGUCAGGUCCGUUUUAUCCCCAGAGAUAAGGGACCCUAUGAGGUUGAACUGACGUAUGAUGGCACCCCCAUCCCCGGCAGUCCGUUCCCCGUGGAAGCCAUUGCUCCUACUGACCCAUCUAAGGUGCGAUGUUCUGGGCCAGGUCUGGAGCGAGCUAAGGUUGGCGAGCCAGGAAAGUUUGUGGUUGAUUGCACUAAUGCUGGUCCUGCGGAGCUGACUAUCGAGAUCAUCUCAGACAAUGGCACCGAGGCUGAAGUCCAUAUCCAGGACAAUGGGGAUGGAACAUACACCAUCACUUACAUCCCUCUGUACCCUGGAGCUUAUACUCUCACCAUCCGCUACGGUGAUCAGGAUGUGCCAAACUUCCCAGCCAGACUCAACGUGGAGCCUGCUGUGGAAACCACUGGAGUGAAAGUGUUCGGACCUGGAGUGGAAGGCAAAGGUGUUUUCCGGGAAGCCACUACUGAUUUCACUGUGGAUGCUCGUGCUCUCACAAAAACGGGUGGCAAUCAUAUCAAGACCUGUGUCAAUAACCCAUCAGGCAACCGCACCGAAGCUCUGAUUAGAGACCUGGGAGAUGGCACCUACCAAGUGGAGUACACGCCCUAUGAGGAGGGCACACACAGUGUUGAGGUUACAUACGAUAAUGCCCCAGUUCCCAAGAGCCCGUUCCGUGUGCCGGUGACUGAGGGUUGUGACCCAGCACGUGUGCGUGUACAUGGUCCAGGACUUCAGUCUGGCAUCACUAACAAACACAACAAAUUUACUGUGGAGACCCGUGGGGCCGGUACAGGUGGACUGGGGCUGGCUAUGGAGGGACCUUCUGAGGCCAAAAUGUCCUGCACUGAUAACAAAGAUGGCAGCUGUUGUGUUGAAUACAUCCCAUAUGAGCCAGGCACAUACAACCUCAAUGUCACCUAUGGAGGCCAACCAAUCACUGGAAGCCCCUUCUCUGUACCUGUCCAUGAUACUGUUGAUGCAACUAAAGUGAAAUGCCUGGGUCAGGGGCUUGGAAACAACGUGCGUGCCAAUAUCCCGCAGGUCUUUUCUGUGGAUGCAAGCAAGGCUGGAGUGGCUCCCUUGCAGGUCAGAGUGCAGGGACCCAAAGGUGUCGUGGAGCCUGUUGAGGUGGUGGAUAAUGGUGACGGGACUCACACAGUCAGCUAUGUACCCACCAGAGAGGGACCGUAUUCUAUUAAUGUCCUGUAUGCUGAUGAAGAGAUCCCACACAGUCCUUAUAAGGUGAAGGUUCUGCCCACUCAUGAUGCUAGUAAGGUCCGUGCCAGCGGCCCUGGUCUGAAUACCACUGGUGUGCCUGCCAGUCUGCCUGUGGAGUUCACUAUUGAUGCCAAAGAUGCAGGAGAGGGGCUCUUGGCGGUCCAGAUAACUGACCCUGAGGGGAAGCCAAAGAAGGCUAACAUUCGUGAUAAUCAGGAUGGGACGUAUCUUGUGUCCUAUGUGCCUGACAUGACUGGCCGCUACACUAUUCUCAUCAAAUACGGUGGUGAUGAGAUCCCAUACUCUCCAUAUCGUAUCAGAGCCCUGCCAACGGGAGAUGCCAGCAAAUGCACAGUCACAGUCUCAAUCGGAGGUCACGGUUUGGGAGCUGGAGUUGGUCCAACUAUUCAGAUCGGAGAGCAGACGGUCAUCACCGUGGACGCGAAGGCUGCUGGGAAGGGCAAGGUGACGUGCACGGUGUGCACUCCAGAUGGAGGCGAGGUGGAUGUGGACGUAGUUGAAAAUGAGGAUGGAACAUUUGACAUCUUCUACACAGCACCCCAGCCUGGCAAAUACGUCAUCUGUGUGCGCUUCGGUGGAGAACACAUCCCCAACAGCCCCUUCCAAGUCACGGCUUUGGAAGGUGCCUCUCCUGACCAACUAAUGCAGCAGACCCAGAACCCGCAGUACGCCUACGCGCCCAACAUGGGCCAGCCAUGGGCUACAGACAGGCAGUUGGGCAUGAAUGGACUGGACGUAGCUGGACUGAGACCCUUCGACUUGGUCAUUCCUUUCACCAUCCAGAAAGGAGAAAUUACAGGUGAUGUAAGAAUGCCUUCUGGAAAAGUGGCCAAGCCUGAUAUUACUGAUAACAAGGACGGUACGGUCACAGUGAAAUACGCCCCAACUGAGGCUGGCCUGCAUGAGAUGGACAUCAAAUACGACGGAAUACACAUCCCAGGAAGUCCACUGCAGUUCUAUGUGGAUUAUGUCAACAGUGGUCAUGUGACUGCCUAUGGUCCUGGUCUAAUUCAUGGCAUGGUUAAUAAACCUGCAGUCUUCACUGUCAACACGAAGGAUGCUGGAGAGGGUGGUCUGUCUCUGGCCAUCGAGGGUCCGUCAAAGGCAGAUAUCAGCUGCACUGAUAAUCAGGACGGUACCUGUACUGUCUCUUACCUCCCUGUUCUUCCUGGAGACUACAACAUCCUUGUCAAGUACAACGACAAGCACAUUCCCGGCAGCCCUUUCAUGGCCAAGAUCACAGGCGACGACUCGAUGCGCAUGUCUCAUCUGAAGGUGGGCUCAGCGGCUGACAUCCCUCUAGACAUCGGCGAACUGGACCUCAGUCAGCUGACCGCGUCUCUCACCACCCCCUCUGGCCGGGAGGAGCCGUGUCUGCUCAAGAUGCUCAGGAAUGGGCAUGUGGGCAUUUCCUUCGUGCCCAAGGAAAUUGGAGAGCAUCUGGUUAACAUUAAGAAAAAUGGACGUCAUAUUCCUAAUAGCCCCAUCUCAGUCAUGAUCAACCAAUCAGAGAUCGGUGAUGCCAGCCGUGUGCGUGUAACUGGUCAAGGCCUGAGUGAAGCCCGCACCUUUGAGCCUGCAGAAUUUGUCAUUGACACCAGAGAUGCAGGAUAUGGAGGACUCAGUUUGUCUAUCGAGGGACCCAGUAAAGUAGAUAUCAACACUGAAGAUCAGGAAGAUGGCACCUGCAAAGUCACUUAUUGCCCCACAGAACCAGGAAAUUACAUUAUUAACAUCAAAUUUGCAGACCAGCAUGUUCCAGGAAGUGCUUUUACUGUCAAAGUGACAGGAGAGGGUCGGAUGAAGGAGAGCAUCACCCGCAGAAGAAGAGCUGCCUCUGUGGCCAAUGUUGGCAGCCAGUGCGACCUCAGCCUGAAGAUCCCAGAGAUCAGCAUCUCAGACAUGACCGCUCAGGUGACCAGCCCAUCAGGCAAAGUACACAAGGCUGAGAUCAUGGAGGGAGAAAACAACACGUACUGCAUUCGCUUCGUGCCCACAGAGAUGGGUGUGCACACUGUCAGUGUGAAGUAUCAAGGACAGCAUGUCCCCGGAUCCCCCUUCCAGUUCACUGUGGGUCCUCUUGGAGAGGGAGGUGCCCAUAAGGUCCGUGCAGGAGGCCCAGGAUUAGAGAGAGCAGAGGCGGGUGUACCAGCUGAGUUCAGCAUUUGGACCCGUGAAGCAGGAGCUGGUGGUCUGUCCAUUGCGGUCGAGGGACCCAGCAAGGCAGAGAUUGCAUUUGAAGACCGCAAGGAUGGAUCCAGCGGUGUCUCCUACAUUGUCCAGGAGCCUGGCGAUUAUGAAGUAUCCAUCAGAUUCAAUGAUGAGCACAUCCCUGACAGUCCAUUUGUGGUGCCUGUGGCCUCGCCAUCUGAUGAAGCCCGCCGUCUCACUGUUGCCAGUCUUCAGGAGUCCGGAUUAAAGGUGAACCAGCCGGCCUCUUUUGCUGUGAGCCUAAAUGGGGCGAAGGGAGUCAUCGAUGCCAAGGUUCACAGCCCAUCUGGAGCGCUUGAGGAGUGCUGUGUUACAGAGAUCGAUGAAGAUAAGUAUGCUGUGAGGUUCAUCCCCAGGGAGAAUGGCCUGUACCUAAUAGAUGUGAAAUUCAAUGGUUCUCACAUCCCUGGAAGCCCCUUCAAGAUCCGUGUUGGUGAAACUGGCCAAGCUGGAGAUCCAGGAAUGGUGUCUGCUUAUGGAGCUGGUCUGGAGGGAGGCACCACUGGAUCUCCAUGUGAGUUCAUUGUGAACACGAGUUCAGCUGGCCCAGGAGCUUUGGCAGUGACCAUCGAUGGGCCUUCCAAGGUGAAGAUGGACUGUCAGGAAUGCCCAGAGGGCUACAAGGUCACCUACACACCUAUGGCACCUGGAAACUACCUAAUUUCUAUCAAAUACGGUGGACCAUACCAUAUUGUUGGCAGCCCAUUCAAAGCUAAAAUUACAGGCUCCCGAUUGGUCAAUAGCCACAGCAUGCACGAGACUUCAUCAGUACUAGUUGACCCUUUGACCCGCAGCGUGACGAGCAGCCAGCAGGCAGCGCCAGGCUGGGGUAGCUCCGACGCCAGCCGUGUGGUUGCCAAGGGUCUUGGACUCAACAAGGGCUUCAUAGGACAGAAGAACUCUUUCAGUGUGGACUGUAGUAAAGCAGGGAGGAACAUGCUCCUGGUUGGAGUGGACGGACCCAAAGUGCCCUGCGAGGAGAUCUUGGUGAAACACUUGGGUAACCGUCUCUAUAAUGUGUCCUACCAGCUGAAGGAGAAGGGAGAGUACAUCCUGGUGGUGAAAUGGGGCGACGAGCACAUCCCCGGGAGCCCGUAUCACAUCACUGUCUAACUGCCCUCCACCAAAACCUCCAGCAUCAAAUACAAGAACACUGAAAACUCUCUUGUCCUCCUUCCUUUUUAUGAUCCUCUCUUCCUGUAUCUUCCUGCACCGCUAUUCAGCUUUCAAGCAAGAGAUGGAUUUCAAAGAAGCACCUUGUCACUGUAUGUCAGUCAUUUUUGGAUCCUGUUACAUUUGCUGCAUUCAGUAAUCCUUUAAAUCAGAGGGUCCUGGUGGCUUCUGCUCCGUGUUUGGUUCGUUACUGAUCUAGUCUCGAACACAGAGUAGCUGCUAGUAUCUUUUGCCUGGUUUAGGAGACUGCUGUUCCAGUCAUAACUGUACAGAGUAACCAUUGCUAGCAGCAGGAGAAAUACAGAUGUGAUUCAGCCGCUUGUCUAACACAAAGUUUUCAUUUUACUUGCCAUUGGGUGAAGAGGUGCUUAACCGUAGACUGAAUUAACACUGGUGCCGAAGCUCUGUGGGUCUGACCUUCUGUCUGAGUGUUUUGAAUAUUUUUCAGUCUGCAGAGCUGCAUGUUGCUUCCGUUUGACCAUGAAGGCAUUUUUUGAAUGUCAUUUGCGUGCCAUUUAAAACCAGGAUUGUGUGCCAAGUGAUUUAGCAAUCAAAGGGAAGUUACACGGCAGAAUAAAGAUGAUGUUGACCAUGUCAUUUGGCUGAAGGCAUAACGAAAGGAAGAUUUUUGAUGCAUACUGCUUGAGUUUAUUGUUGGUUAUGUAAAACGCACUUGGAAGUUGUAACAUUUGGCAAAACGUCACUUAUUUGCGCUCACUAUGUCAGCUCUUUAGCCCUUUGUGCUCCAAUGUCAAUGUGUAAUCAGUAUUCCAGAAUUAAAAAAAAAAAAAAAGGAAUUAGUUGUCUAAAAAAAUUAAAAGUUUUGACUUGCAGUAUUUUGAUACACAAUAAAGUUGUCUUAACUAUUUUUCUGUCAA